AUGUUCAUACGACGAAAAUCAUCUCUCCGAAGAUUAGUGCUAACAGCAUUGCUUAUUACCAUUAGUUUAACAAUUGGGUCAUUUCUACUAGCCAUAUUCAACCAUUCGUGGAGUGGUGGAGGUGCUACAAAUUCGUUACUGUUAAAAAGUAACCAGAAAACAAAAAGCACAGACAAUGAUAAUGAUACAGAGCAAUUAACCUCACUACCAUUAUGUGAUCGUUCCCUAACCUUUGUCUUAAGCGAUUGCUGUGGUUUUCCCUUUCAAAUGACUGCUCUAAUCAACGCGAUAAUUUAUGCAAAAGAUACCGGACGUGCUUUUUUUCUUGAUGAUUCGAACUGGAAUUAUGGUCGUUGGAGUAUCUUUUUUAUGGAGUUAUCAAAACCAGAUUGCGUCCGUCCGGAUAAAGGAAUCGCAAAUAAUGAUCAAUUAAAUAAAAACUAUUAUUAUAACAGUGAUGAUGAUCAAGUAGCGUUUGCAGAGUUCCCAGAUCAUCCAUUAAAACCUAAAGAACUCGAUCGAAUGGAUCUUUUAUUCACAGAAGCACCACAUCAAAUAAUGACUCGUUGGUCAUGGCACUUAUUGGAUGAACAUGUUGUUAAGACAUACGUAAAAAAUAAUGAUAACAACAGUAGUGACACAAUAGAUGAAGACAGGAAUAAAAUAAUUAAAAAGGAAUAUGAAAAAAUAUUUAAAGAACAAGAAUCGGUACUAUUAAAAAUUUGGCGACCAAAUCGUGAAUUACAACAAUUGACACACGAACAGUCUCAUGAGAUUGGCAUUCCGCAUAACCAUGGUGGAAUGCGUCCUGAGAAUUCUUAUAUCGCAUUUCAAAUACAUCGUCCAAAAACUUUGGACUCAUAUUUAUCAGCUGCAGAUCAAUACUUGAAUAAAGUGGCUGAAAAAAUGAAUAAAUUGAAAAAUAACGAAAAAAGUAACGACGAAGUCACGGUUUUCAUAACAAGCAGAAAAGAAUUGUCAGAAGUACGACGAGCACUAUCGUAUAAAAGGCCCAAUUGGCAAUUUGUCACCUCAUUCGAAGACGAACCAAUGUACCGAUUUGAUGCUGCUCAGAAACCUCGACUAAUGUCUUACCGACUAGAUUCUCGAAUAAAUUUUGGGAUGGCCUUCAUUGCUGAUAUCACAUUGAUGUCUCAAGCGGAUCAUUUAGUGUGUACUUUCUCAACAUCUUUAUGUCGAUUUUUGGUAUUAUUAAAAGGAUGGAAGGCGAGCACAGUGAAUCCAUGGGAAGCCGGAGGAACUACACCAAUUGAUGAGGAUACUAGUCAUGGAUGGUUCCCAACUUUGUUCCUCGUUUCUAAAGAUGGCCAAUUGACUAAUCCUCAUAACGUUUAUUGGAUAAAUAAAAAGGCAUCAUCUUAUCGUAAUAAUAAAUUUGAUAUGUUGGCAAAUUAG